AUGAAUUAUUUUCGUGUCAUUUUAUUGCGCUUCCACUUAAACUUCUCGACGCAUGCAAAAUUUUCUUCUAUGUUUAAGGCCCAAGGCAGCCCCAUCAAGCUAGCGAAGGUGGAUGCGACGGUAGAGAAAGAUCUCGCAGAAAAGUAUGGAGUCAAUGGAUUCCCAACACUAAAAGUUAUGCGAAACGGAAGAAGGUUCGAAUACAUUGGGCCACGUGAAGCUUACGGAAUUGUGAAAUUUAUGAAUGAUCAAGCUCUGCCAGCGCUGAAAACACUUGGCAGUGUUGGAGAGGUAGAGAGAUUCAUGGCCAAGGAAGACGUGACAAUCAUUGGCUUCUUUGAAAGUGAAUCGUCUUCAGCCUAUGAGCCAUUUUCUGAUACUGCAGAGAUGCUUCGUGAGGAUUUCAAACACAUGGCCUGGGUCUCAGAUCCUAAAGCUUUCAAAAAAUACGAUGCAAAACCGAACGACAUUAUCAUUUUCUAUCCAACUCUCUUCCAAAGCAAAUUUGAACCAAAGAGCAGAACAUAUAACAGA